GGGACGCAUCAAUUCUUGCAGCUGCACAGACCAGGCAGGCCUGCAGGAGUUGUUGAUGCCUCCAAGAUGCUUCUCCGCGUUAUUGUGUCAGAAGAAGAAAUACGACGUGUCACCCUAGAGAGUGUUCCUGAGUCAGUGAAGGAGUUAUGUGAUGUGCUACGCAUAAGUCUGGGUUUGCGAGGAAACUUCAUUCUACAGUAAGAAGAUCCUGACUUUGGAAAUCAGCUCUGCAAUUUGACAGACAUUAAAGACCAUCCAACUGAUCGAGCAACACUGAAAGUUUUGUUCACCUUUCCUGAACGAAUUUCUGAUUCAACAUCAGAAACAGCAAGCUUGAGUUCCGCAAGUAGUGCUUCACCAGUGGAAUGGCCUAAUCCUUUUGCUAUUCCAAAUUUCUCGCAUGAUGUUGAACUACAGCUGAGCGCAGCAAAUGAUGCCUUUGCCAAGGAUGGAACAUUGAUGGUCAUCUCCAAGGGUGUUAAAAGUGAAAUACUGGACAAACUAGCAGAUGUCAUAUCCAAAAUCACUGUCUAUCCAAGUAAGCACCAAUAUGAAAGUGUAGCCACAGUUCUUGUGGCAAAGCAUCCUUGUCUGAGGGAGCCGGGUUCUGCCAAAGGAUGGUAUUGCUGGGUAUUCAGCCUAAAAUUCAAGAUGGGAAAUUACCGUCAGAGGUUGAUGGCAGCUGGAUGCCCUGAAGUCCUUGUAAAUAAGAGAAAGAGGGGACAGACAAAUAGCAAGGCAAUCAAAAAGUCAAAGAAGGGAGAGAUACACUACUUGCCAGAUCCACCAGAAGGACAAAGUGUAGUGAAAUCAGAGGAGAAUAGGAUGACCAUGCUCUUAGAGGUGCAGAAGAGUGCUCCAAAUUUGCAGCUCCUUGAUGAACUGAUGAUGGCAACAUUCUCUCAGCGAAGAAAGGAAAUCAUUGGUGAUGAGCCACCUAUCACUGUAGUCAUGGACAGGUGGCCUGCAUUAUUUAAUGAGAGACAGAUAAGUACGGAGUUCCAAAGAAUCGUCACUACAGACCUGCUGCAGUCAUUCCUGGAUGGGCUAGAUGACUUGGUGCCAAGUCUCUUAGAACUGUACAAAGCUGGUGUUACAUCAAGCAGGAGGCUGACCCUUAGCAGUAUUCUACAGUGUCUUCAUAAGGAGGCAUUUCAUGGUGAAACCCUGGAUAUCAUCAUGAAGGGGAUGCGGGUAGGACUUCUGAUCGGACAUGAAGGCACUUUGCAUGAUGCUUUUCCUCUUGAAAUCUUCAGUGUGGCUGUAGUGGUAGAGGAGAAGAUCAUUCUUCACGGCCUCAGAGAUGUGCCUACUGGUUUUGCUAUGCUAAUGGGCACCAUCUACUGCCUUAAUCUGGAAUACCCUCGCAGUAUGAAGUACUNAGGAGGAAAUGGUCACACUGCAAUGUUAAAUAUUGCUUCCACAGAGCCAGUGAUGUAG